CCAGGGAACAGGGACAUGGGGCAUUUCCCCUCGGGAGGGGGAUGGGGGGGCUCUCCUGGGGAGGGGGAUGGGAGCCCCGCCCCAGAUAACAGGCCCUUAUCUUUGGUGAGCAGCUGGGCCGGGCUGGGGCAGGGCUCAGGGCCGUGGGGCCGGGCGCCGUGGGGCCGGGGUGUGCGGGGAUGGGCCCCCAGCGGCUGCCGUGGUUCCUGCUCCCCACUGCGGCCUUGCUUGGCCUCCUCUUCCUCUCCAGCCUCCGGCUCCCCGCCCCUUCUCGCCCGGACGAGCGGCUCCCGGCUGCCCCUCCCCAGGCAUGGGACCCCCACUCCGGCCCGGGCCCCCCGCUGCCCAGGCCAGGCCUUCCAGAUCAGCCGCCUCCUGGCGGCCUUCAGGGCCUGCGUGACUCCGGACGGAGAAAUCCUGCUGGGAGAGUAUCUGGCUGGCUGGAAAGAACUGAUCAAACUGAUAGACACUCUGGGGGCCGCCUUCGGCCUCCUGGCCCGGGAGACGCAGACGAAGAUGGAGAUCCUGCAGGGGCACCGGGCGGGGCCGCACGCCCCUCACUACCGCACCCUGCAGGCCAUGGUGGCCUUCGAGCUGCGGCGCGGCCUGGUGGGGCUCCGGGCGCUGCCCCCGGGCCGGCCCCCCUCGGGCUGCCGGACCCUGCUCCGCCUCCACCGGGCCCUCAAGUGGCUGGAGCUGUUCCUGGGGAAGUUGAGUCACAGCGGGCCGGAGGAAGACCCCUCCCAGCUCUGCGCCGAGGCCUACCAGGCGGCCCUGGCCCCGCACCACAGCUGGUGGGUGCGCCAGGCGGCCGGGCUGGCCUUCCUGGCCCUGCCCUCGCGCCAGGAGCUGUACGGGCUCGUCUGCGCCGAGGGGGAGCGGGAGGCCCGGGCCGUGCUCCUGGACGCGGUCGGCGUCAUCGCCGGGGUCUAUAACGUCACCCAGCGGCUCUACGCCGCCCGCGGCCUCUUGGAGCUGCCCUGAGCGGCCGCCGGGGGGCGCUGGAGAGGACAGGGUGGGGGGCACCGGCACCGCCCGGCCCCAGGGCGGGGACUGGCUGGCUCAGGGGGACGGGGAACGGGGCAGGGGCCUGACCCCUCUGGGGGGCGCCAGCUCCCCCCCGGCUCCAGGGCAGGGACUGGCUGGCUCAGGGGGGCGGGGAACGGGGCAGGGGCCUGACCCCUCUGGGGGGCACCGGCUCCCCCCUGGCCCCAGGGCAGGGACUGGCUGGCUCGGGGGUGGCAAGGAAUGGGGCAGGGGCCUGACCCCUCUGGGGGGCGCUGGCUCCCCCCCAGCCCCAGGGCAGGGACUGGCUGGCUCAGGGGGGCGGGGAACGGGGCAGGGACCUGACCCCUCUGGGGGGCGCCGGCUGGGCUCCCCCGGGCAGGGCGCUGGGCGCGGUUGUGAACCAGCGGCCCCGGAAACGGGGCCAAGUAAAGAGACGCCCCGAGCUCGA